AUGUCAAUAGUCAUUAAUUCAAAUAAUGAAACUUCAACUACUUUUUCAAUUAAAAGAUCAGCCUUAAUUGAUGUUGAAACUUCAAGCAAUCAUAAUGGUGAAAGUCCAAUUGAAUGUAAACAAUUAAGAUGCACUUUAGAAUAUGAAGGAAACGAAAUUUGCAUUUUUAUUAAAUCAAAUGAGAUUGUUGGUGAAUUCAUGCGAGAAGAGAAAGAGGAUGAUAACAUAGAGUCGACAACCUUACCGGAUAUUUUGGUCGAAGAAAAUACAUUAAAAAACAUUAAUCGUAACCUAACAGAAGAUGAUGUUGAAAACAUUGAUGGAUUCGGUAGAUUCUAUAACAUAUUACAAAAUUCGAGACGAAGAUAUCAAAUCAAAAAAUCCACAUUUAAAAAACUUUCAAUUUUGGCAAUUUAA